GCAGGACGGAUUCGCCGCGAACACGGAGGUCUUUCUGCAGGCUUGGAGCUCCGUGAGGGGCGACGGGCGCUUCGCCAAUUUCGAUUGGACCGUGAAAGCUGAUCCGGACUGCGUGCUGGUGCCUGACCGCCUCCGGUGGCGGCUCGGCAGCUUCGGGGUGGGCAAUUUCUACGUGGCGAACUGCGACAGGGGCGGCCAAGCGCCGCCCAUGAUGUACGGCGCGGUGGAGGCGAUUUCCAACGAGGCGGUGCAGGCCUUCUUCUCGGAUCAGGACCGGUGCAAGAAUGAGAUGGGCUGGCAGG